UCCCCCCCGCCCCUCAGUCUCUCUCUCUGCGCAUCUCUUUAUCUUGCAUCUCCAGCUCUCCACCAUAACCCCUCGAGUCCCAAUCCCAUUUCGCUAUCAUCGAUUCAUCACAGCCUCAAAAAAAAAAAAAAAGAGAGAGAAAGAAAUAAUGGCUAAAACGAAAGUGACCCGUCAAGCCGAAGAACAAAAAAAAGUAGCCCAUCAACCCCAAGACGGAAGCCAAAACCAACGAGCCAAACCUAUGGAUGACCCUUCAGAGAAGCUCCAGAGCCUCAAGUCCCUCAAUUCUCUCCUGCUCAAAGAAACCUCUGAGCGCAGACAACAGGUCGAGUCCUUGGAACAAGCCAAGGAGUCCUUGGAGGCCGAGUUGACACUGUCUACGAUGGAAAAGAAGGUUCUGGAGUCCGAGUUGAAACGGGCAACUGAGGAAAGUGUUGGGUUGGAGUUGGAGAAGUGUGUGGUAUGUACCUUUUCGGAGACCCAGAUGGAUGAAAUGGGUGUUGGGUAUGAUGGGUUGUUGAGAGAGAAGGGCGAGAUUGAGAUAUUGAGCCGCGAGAAAGAGUCUGAGAUUGAGUUUUUGAAGAAAGUGGUCAGUGGGCUAAUGACCAAUCUUGAAGAUGAAAGAGAGAAACUGAGUCGAGUUUACCAAGAGAGGGAUUUUAUUAAAACAGAGAUUGAUGGCCUAGCUAAGGAGGCAAAGAAGUUGAGAGAAAAAGUGGUUGAGAUGGAGAAAAAAGAGAGGAAAACUGUGGAAGAGGUUGAAAAACUGAAAAUGGAACGUGAAAGGUUAGUGAGAGAAAAUUUGAAGAUUGAAAAGGCGGUCGAGGGCUUGAAGAAGGAGAAAGAAUCGGUUGAAAGGGAUUCGGAGGAGUCGAAAAGGGUUAUUGAGACUUUAAAGAUUGACAUUGAGGGAUUUGCGAGGGAGAGGGGUGAGGUUGAGAGGGAGAAAAGUGACCUUGAAGUGAAGAUUGUUGAAUCGGAGAAAGAAGUGAGGGAAUUGAGUGAGACUGUCAUGAAUCUGCGGAUCAAGGAUGAGGUUCUGCGCUCUAAAGUUUUGGAAUUGGAGAAGAGGAUUGGUGAGGCUGUGGAUAAGGAAAAGGAGAUGGCGAUGGAGAUUAAUUUCUUGGUGGAAGAAACGAGGGAGAAGGAACGAAAUAUUGAGAAGUUGAAAGAAGAAAGGGAUUCUAUCCGGAGGAUUUUGGAUAUGACUAGCAAGGAAUCAGAGUUUAGGCAGCAAAGAAUUGAGGAAUUGAUUCGAGAGAAAAAUGAGAUCGAGGAAUUGAAGCUUAACCAAGAGAUUGAGAUUGUUGAGCUGAAUACAGAGGUUGAUAGAUUAAGGAAUGUUGUAUCUACAUUGCGAGAUUCUUGCAGAAAUGAAGAAGAAAAUAACAAGCAAUUAAUCUCUGAAGUUAGUCUAUAUAAGGAUGCUUUUGAUCGAGUUAGGCCUGAGAGGGAUGAGUUGCAAAAGGGUUUUGAUGAGGUGAACAAGAAAGUGAAAAACAUGGAGGUAUUGAUUUUGGAGAAGGAAAAGAAGAUUCAAGAAACUGCGGAAGAGUUAGGGAGGAUGAGGAGUGAGCAAGAGAAUCUGAUCGAGAAAAAUAGGGCAAUAGAGAACCAUUUGGAAGUUUUGGUAAAGGAAAAAGAUUUGGUGCAGAAAAACCUUGUUGAGGCGCAACGAGGAGUUGAUGAUCUGAAGGCUAAAAUGGAAUCAGCGGGGAUUAAUUCAGAGCUGGCAUUGAGCAUGCUGAAGAACACUGCAGCACUCGUGUGUGACUCUCAAGACGAUAGGGAUGGUAAGAAAGAUGAGGUUAUCAAUGGGCAGAAGCUAGAGGAUGAAAUUCAACCAUAUGCGAUGGAGUUAGAUGCCAUCAAGACUGCUUUCAGAAGCAAGGAGAAGAUGGUGGAAGAUAUGAAGAAACAGCUUGGGUUUCUGCAGAACUCUGUAGCCGAAGCACAUAAGCAGAAGAGUUUCUGGACUGUGGUUUCUUCUGCAACUACAAUUUUUGCUGCAGCAUCUGUUGCUUAUGUUGCUAGAGGACGCUGAGCGGUUAAGUUUUGAUCUUUUAUUAUUGAGAAAAGUUGCUUUUGCUUCUAAGAUCAACUAAUCAAGUUCCAGUUGAAGAAAAAAACUAAUGCCAUUUGGUACUUGCUUUUGAUUUUAGAUAAUAAUGUCUCUUUUAAAGCUGCUGAAAUACUAACUCAGCAAAUAUGUUUCGACUACAUUUUUGGUGAUAUGAAACAAUCUCUUAUAUGUUA